AUGACGUCGGAGGAAAGCUCAAUCGAGCUACGGGAUAUCCAUGAUCCUACUCCAAUUCAUGCUGAAGAUGCUGCUGGAGAUGAUGCUGGCGACGCUGCCGGAGACACAUCGACUCUCGGCGACACUCCCAUGGCAUACAUAGAUCAAGAAGAUGUUAAUACUCUCACCAAAAUAGCCACUCAACAGUCACGCCGAUCGACUCCCGGAGUCACAAAUAACCUAGCUGUCCUCGCUAAACAAGAUCCAUCCCUCGACCCGCUAUCUGGAAAAUUCGACUUGCAAAAAUGGCUUAAGGCGGCUUUUAGAGAUCUCAGCCGGGGGGACGGGCGCCCGGGACACACAUCGGAUGUCGUUUUCAAACAACUGAAUGUAUAUGGAUCGGGUGCUGCGCUGCAGUUCCAAGAUACAGUUACAUCGACCUUGACUGCCCUCGCUCGGUUGCCCCAAAUCAUUCGUGAAUCACGGUCUCCACAAAGGCGAAUUCUCAAGGACUUCAAUGGCAUCUUGAAAAGUGGUGAACUGUUGCUUGUGCUUGGUCGACCAGGUGCCGGCUGUAGUACACUUCUGAAGUCUAUGACUGGAGAGCUGCACGGUUUAAAUAUGGAUAAGGAGAGUGUCAUUCAUUAUAAUGGAAUUCCCCAAACUCGCAUGAUGAAAGAGUUCAAGGGCGAACUAGUAUACAACCAAGAGGUUGACAGACACUUCCCUCAUCUGACCGUUGGUCAAACUCUGGAGUUUGCAGCUGCAACUCGAACUCCCGCUCACCGGUUCCAAGAUAUGUCGCGCGCAGAAUAUGCCAAAUACCUUACUCAGAUUAUCAUGGCUGUCUUUGGCCUGAGUCACACAUAUAACACACGCGUUGGAGAUGAUUUCAUCCGUGGUGUUUCGGGUGGUGAGCGAAAGCGUGUCAGUAUUGCAGAGAUGGCCCUAGCCCAUGCUCCAAUCGCUGCCUGGGACAAUUCUACUCGAGGAUUGGAUUCUGCUACAGCAUUGAAGUUUGUCCAGGCUUUGCGACUGUCCUCUGAUAUCACUGGCUCGUGUCAUGCGGUCGCUGCUUAUCAGGCAAGUCAAAGCAUCUAUGAUGUAUUUGAUAAGGUGAUUGUCCUUUACGAGGGCCGCCAAGUCUUCUUCGGACCUGCUUCUGCAGCCAGGUCCUACUUUGAAAACCAAGGCUGGGAUUGCCCAGCUCGACAGACUACAGGAGAUUUCCUCACUUCAAUCUCAAAUCCCGACGAGCGGAAAGCCAAGCCUGGCAUGGAAAACCGUGUUCCCCGUACGCCGGAAGAAUUUGAGACUGCAUGGCUCAACUCACCCGACUACAAGCGAUUACUGAAUGAAAUCGCUGAAUAUGAAGGGCAAAAUCCCGUUGGAAACGAUGUGCAAGCUCUCGCUGAGUUCCAGGAACGGAAGCGUGACGCCCAGGCCAAGCACACCCGGCCCAAGUCCCCAUACAUCAUCAGUAUUCCCAUGCAAAUCAAACUCAACACUAUUCGCGCCUAUCAACGACUCUGGAAUGAUGCCGCUUCGACUGUCUCUGUGAUUGUGACUAAUAUUAUCAUGGCUCUGAUCAUCGGAUCAGUCUUCUACGGGACUCCGGAUGCAACUGUAGGCUUUACGUCAAAAUGCGCCACUCUGUUCUUCGCCGUCCUUCUCAAUGCCCUCACAGCCAUGUCUGAAAUCAACAGUCUCUACUCACAGCGCCCGAUCGUCGAAAAACAUGCAUCCUUUGCCUUUUAUCAUCCCUUUACAGAAGCCAUUGCUGGUGUGGUUAGUGAUAUACCAGUGAAGUUUGCAUUGUCCGUUGUGUUCAAUAUCAUCCUAUACUUCCUGGCUGGUCUGAAACGAGAACCAUCCAAUUUCUUCCUCUACUUCCUCAUCACUUUUGUGAUCACCUUUGUCAUGAGUGCAAUCUUCCGGACAUUAGCAGCUGUCACCAAAACCAUCUCACAGGCAAUGGGUCUAGCAGGUGUCAUGAUCCUGAUUCUCGUUGUUUACACUGGCUUUGUCCUCCCUGUCCCGUCUAUGCAUCCGUGGUUCGAAUGGAUCCAUUAUCUCAAUCCUAUCUACUACGCCUUCGAGAUUCUGGUUGCAAAUGAGUUCCAUGGUCGCGAGUUCCCAUGCUCAAGCUUUGUUCCCGCAUACGCCGAUCUAUCAGGCACGGCAUUCAGCUGUGACAUAGCUGGUUCGGUGCCAGGCUCUACGACAGUCAAUGGUGACCGGUACAUUGAACUGACAUACAAAUAUACCUACGGCCAUGUAUGGCGCAACUUUGGUAUCCUGAUGGCCUUCCUGGUUGGCUUUAUGUGCAUCUACUUUGUCGCAACCGAACUGAACUCCGCUACUACAACAACCGCCGAAGCUCUGGUCUUCCGUCGCGGUCACGAGCCUGCCAGUUUCCGCCAGAACAAGUCUGGAACUGACGUUGAAAACACCACGCUAUCUGAAGCCCAGCCUGCUACGGACACAGAAGACAAGGGAAUGGGUGCCAUCCAGGCUCAGACCGAUACCUUCACUUGGCGCGAUGUGUCCUAUGAUAUCGAGAUUAAGGGCCAGCCACGUCGUCUAUUAGAUCAUGUUUCCGGAUGGGUCAAGCCUGGAACUCUGACUGCACUUAUGGGUGUCAGUGGCGCUGGUAAGACGACUUUGCUUGAUGUAUUGGCACACCGCACAUCGAUGGGUGUUAUCACUGGUGAUAUGUUUGUCAACGGUCGUGAGCUGGAUCAGAGUUUCCAGCGAAAGACAGGUUAUGUUCAGCAGCAGGAUCUUCACCUCGAUACUGCUACUGUGCGUGAGUCUCUGCGGUUCAGUGCUAUGUUGCGUCAGCCAGCCUCCGUUUCGGUUCAGGAGAAGUACGACUAUGUCGAGGAAGUGAUCAAAAUGUUGAAGAUGGAGGAGUUCGCUGAAGCCAUUGUUGGUGUCCCUGGUGAGGGUCUGAACGUCGAGCAGCGCAAGCUGUUGACUAUCGGUGUCGAAUUGGCUGCCAAACCCAAGCUACUGCUCUUCUUGGAUGAGCCUACCAGGCAAAGUUCUUGGGCUAUUUGCUCAUUCCUUCGCAAGCUUGCCGAGCACGGCCAAGCGAUUCUUUGCACGAUCCAUCAACCCAGUGCCAUACUCUUCCAACAAUUCGAUCAGCUGUUAUUCCUCGCCCGAGGCGGUAAGACUGUCUACUUUGGUCCCAUCGGAGAAAACUCUCGCACAAUGCUCGACUAUUUCGAAGCCAACGGUGCGCGCAAUUGUGAUGAUAACGAGAACCCAGCCGAGUACAUGCUGGGCAUCGUCAACGCUGGUCAGAAUGACAAGGGUCAGGACUGGUUCGACGUUUGGAAGGAAAGCGAUGAAAGCAAGGAGGUUCAGAUGGAGCUCGAGCGAAUUCAUAACGAAAAGAAAAACGAACCCUCAGGCGCUGAUGAUUCCUCAAACAUUCAUUCUGAGUUCGCUAUGCCGUUCUGGUUCCAGAUGAUCCAGGUCACACACCGUGUGUUCCAGCAAUACUGGCGCAUGCCAUCCUAUGUUCUGGCGAAAUGGGGACUUGGAAUUGCGUCCGGCCUGUUCAUUGGUUUCUCUUUCUUUGAUGCCAAAACAUCGCUGCAAGGCAUGCAGACGGUCAUCUUCUCUCUCUUCAUGAUUUGCACCAUCUUCUCGUCAUUGGCGCAACAGAUCAUGCCCGUGUUUGUCAGCCAGCGAUCGCUCUACGAGGGACGUGAACGCCCCAGCAAAUCCUACUCCUGGAAAGCCUUCCUCGUUGCGAACAUCGUCGUGGAGGUCCCCUACAUGAUCAUCAUGGGUAUAUUGACCUACGCCUGCUACUUCUAUGCUGUCGUUGGAAUUCCCAGCUCAGCAACCCAGGGAAUUGUCCUCCUGUUCUGUAUGGUCUUCUUCAUUUACGCCAGCACAUUCACCCACAUGGUCAUUGCCGGUCUCCCAGACGAACAAACCGCCAGUGCGGUCGUCGUUCUUCUCUUCGCGAUGUCUCUCACAUUCUGUGGUGUGAUGCAGCCCCCGAGCGCCCUUCCCGGCUUCUGGAUUUUCAUGUACCGUGUCUCACCCUUCACAUACUGGAUCGGCGGCAUGGCAGGUGCACAGCUUCACAAUCGCAAGGUCAUAUGCUCAGCCUCCGAACUAUCCAUCUUGAAUCCGCCCUCUGGUCAAACUUGCGGUGAGUACCUCAUGAAGUAUGCCCAGGCCGCUGGUGGUCAGCUGCUCGAUCCUGAGGCUACGAGUGAUUGCAAGUACUGUCCUCUCAAGGUUGCGGAUCAGUACCUUGCUACGGCUGGUAUCCACUAUGGUGAUAGAUGGCGCAACUUCGGCAUUAUGUGGGCUUACAUUCUCUUCAAUAUUUUCGUUGCUACUCUCAUGUACUACCUUGUCCGCGUGAAGCGGUGGAACAGUGUGGAUCUGAAGGGAUCAGUGAAGAAACUCAUUCCUGGAAAGAAAUCGAAGGCUGGCAACUAA